CGGCAGUUCGAGCCCGGAGGAGGACGACGACUCCUUAAUAAGUCACAUGUGGCCAUACGGGCAGCCGAACGGGACAAAAGUGCGAACCAGCGGACUUUGGAGGGGCUCACGUGACAGGAAUGGGUCUGUCGAAAGAUGGGAUGCAUCUCGUCUUGAGCGUAGCGAAUGGAGAUCCAAAAGAAGUAUGGGACAGUGGGACCAGAUCUCGGACUGACAACGACUCCGUGUUCACUUCUUUGUCUCUCGCCGACGGCUCUCGAUUGUCAUCUCCCCCUUUGAGCAAAUUGUCCCAGGCGUGGGCGUUAGAGCCUAACAAGGGUUUUCUUUACUAUUUGCAAUCUGAUUCCGCAUUACUGAACGUCACGGUUAACGAUGUCGGACUUCCAAACGGCAAUCCGAACCCGAUAUCCCCUCAGAAUAUCGGAUUGCCGAGUGAUCCUAUCGAUCCUAACGAGGAGUUCCAAUCUGGAAGCCUUCUAGCGGACGGCAGUUGCCUGUACUCCGUGACUUCUACUGACUGGUUGUUCGCGUGGACGAUACAACGUGGACAUUUCCACCACUAUACGAUAUCACCACCUGCCCAUUUGCUCCAUCGGAGAGCGGUAGACGUCGUCGCAACGAGUCAAGGAUGUCAUCAGUACGUGUCCACAGCCGCAAACGGUACAGUUGCGGUCUUCGUACUCUGCAGACCGAUGGGAAGGGCAUGCGGCGUGAUUGGAUUCAGGUCGGCCCUCCCACGUUAUUUCGGCGUAGCGGAUGUUACGGCAUUGGCACUUGGUGACAACGUCGACGGCUUAAGCCUCUACGUUGGAACCAGCGAUGGCAGCGUGUAUCUCGCUCCGCUCAACAGGUCGGAACUGAGCCGUUGUGAAGAGGAACGGUACUGGCCGCGAGCACUGGCAGGCGAAAAUUCACGUAGAUUUCAUCUUCGUUUAUAUCGACUAGAGUAUUUKCCGGUUAAUCUGUUUUCGUCAGUACUGGCAGGCAUGAUCUAUUUCGUAAUAGUUAUUGUACCCUCCUCCUGGGGCUCGGGAUUCGAUCCAUGGACUUACUUUAUUGUAGUUGUUCCUUCGAUAUUUCUAGCAGUAGCAAUAGCAACUUGGGCAUUUGUGUGGGUUUGCGUGGCCAGAAAGCGUCGACGUCGAGCUCUGGAACAGGUCAAUCACAACUCUGCCGUUGCUGGCCGGMCGAGGACUUCAGCUCCGCGGGACUGCACUGCUGUGGAUUUCUGGGGACUGAGGCCGUCACGCGYCCAGCAGUUCGGGAUAAAAACUCUAUCGGAUUGCACGGACAAUUUUAGCUCGAYUCAUCAAAUCGGGAACAGAGGGUCAUUUGGGAAAGUCUACAAGGGUUCGCUCGAUGGGAAGGAUGUGGCGAUCAAGKUGAUGGCCGGCGAGCUAACGGACACCAAACGGAACCAGUUCGUGGCGGAGGUGAACACUCUCAGUGCAGUUAAUCACGUCAAUCUCAUCCAGCUCACUGGUUACUGCCAGGAGGGCAAUCAAUGCAUCUUGGUGUACACCUACUUCCCAGGGGGGUGCUUGCACGAGCGGUUAUCUCCUAACACUGAUAAGCAGCUGAGCAUUGAGUUGGAUUGUCCUCCCCCACUCACUCUCCAGGAGCGCAUGAGCAUUGCCUUCCAGAUUGCCAGGGGGCUCCAGUAUCUACACGAUGAUGCCAAGGCUCCCAUCAUCCAUCGUGACAUCAAGAGCAGCAACGUCCUGCUUGCCGAUGGCUGUGGGGACACACUCCAUGUAGUCAUCACUGACUUCGGAUUGGCGGCCAUAGGGGAGAGGGUGUUGGACACAGGACACGACCAUGUUGUGAUCACAUCUCACAUUGGUGGCACCUUUGGGUACAUGUCGCCCGAGUACAUGCUGAGAGGCGAGCUGUCGGAGAAGAACGACGUGUACUCCUUUGGGGUUCUUGUACUGGAGCUGCUGACGGGAAGGAAGGUGGUCACACGGGCGCCGUGUGGGGUGGGAUGGCAGACACUGGUGGACUGGGUGAAGCCUUUCCUUCGAGAUCACGGUGAAAAAGCCCAAGACCCAAGCCUGGACAUGCCACGUGCUAUUCUUGACCGCUCUUUGUGGGAUGAGAUGGCGGAAGAUUCUACGAGGCAAAUGGUGACGAACACUUUCAGACUGGCGGGGGAAUGUGUGCAUGAGGAGUAUGGGUCAAGGCCGGCAAUGCGAGCUGUUGUGCAGCGCUUCCACAGCAUGUUUCUGGAUGUAGGAUGGGACUUCUUGAUCAGAACAAUGGACAUGGAGUACCUUCUGGCGAUGUCAGAGGCAGAGGAUGCCAUCUGCAAGGACGAUGAUGCUGAGUCACAAGAGCAUCUCGAGGUGCUCCUAGAGUGAGGGAUAAAAUUUAGUACUCUUUUUCUAAUAUAUACAUGAAUUCGUUUGUGUCUUAGCGAGUAAUAUUCACUAGCAUUGUACUAUUGGGUAGAAUUCUAGCUCCUGAUCUGGUUAUUAACUGUUACAUGGAAGGUGUUCUGCCUUGCGCAUAGCCAGAAGGCUGGAAGGUGUUCAAAUGUUUCACUUGCGGGCAGGUGAAAGUAACUGUGCGGGCUAAGACAUCGAACUUCUAAUAUUUCGAUGUGUGGGAGCUUCAUUAGAUUCAGUGAAAGGUAUCUUAGAGCAGGACCGGGUAUGCACUGGACGUGUUGCCAUUGGCUUGCCAUUGGCUGUCGCGGAUGUGUGAAAGUGGUAUGGCACUGUAGCGUUGGGCUUGUUGUAGUUGUCACCAACUCCACAUUCUGGUACUUUCUCAAUUUAAACGACAGAAUUAAAAGUUUUGAGGUAAUUGCGACGGCCAGAGAUCAUCUCAUGAUCUCACAAAUGAAAGAGUUCCAAAAAC